AUGUCAGCGGAUGAAGAUAGAGCUGCUGGUCAGAAGUAUAUUAGAGAAAAAAAUUUUGCUGCCGCCGAGGCAUCGUACCGACAUGUGUUGCAGCUGUUGUAUGAGUCGGCCAGUCCAACUCUCGUAGAUCAAUCAUAUGCACUUCAUCAGUUGGGAUUUUGUCUGUACAAUCAAUCUAAAUACGAAGAAGCAAUCACGUUCUUGAAACAAGCUUUGAGCAUUAAACGAAUUAUUCGAGCGGGAAAUGAGAAGAGCUUGGCUCUUACUUUACGAAUGUUGGGCUAUUGCCUGUUGUAUACGGGCAGUCCUUCUGAAGCAGAAGUGAUACUAACAGAAUCGUUGACCAUUGUGAGGACUUUUGACGACAAACCAGUUGUUGCUCUUACCUUGUGUUUCUUGGCAUUGUCUGUAAAGGAACAAGGAAAGUAUGAAGAUGCAAUUGAGAGGUUAAAAGAGGGGCUGGAAAUCUAUCGAAGUCUGGAGCCCGAUCAUGAACUUGAUGCUGCAAGAGAAUGUCUUUUGCAUCAGUUUCAAAGUACACAGGCAGAAGAUUUGUUAAGACAAGUUACUGCUGUUAUACUUAGCAAGGUUGGCAACCAUAACAAGGCCUUAUAUUGUGCUUUGCUGGCUUGUGCAGUGAAACUAAAUGAAGGAAACGAAAGAGAAGUGACAGAUCUGCUGGAGCAGUCUAUCGAAUGGGCUGAUGGCAUCAAGAAGGAGACAAACAAGGCAAGAGUGCUGAGUGAGUUGGGACAAGUAUACAUGCUUCAAAAACGCUACAGUCAGGCUGAGAAAAUACUGAAUGAUGCAGUGACUCUUGACAAACAAAAUCCAGUGAAUUUAGUGCACCAAACUGCUCUAAUUCAUUGCCGUAUUGCUGAGUGCUUUACAGCAAAAAGGAAAGACAAGAAAGCCAUGACAUUUUUUUGUCUGUCACGAGAUACUUCAAAUUUAGCAGUUAAUCACCCUUUAAGAGGCAGAAGUUUGUUUGGCUUGGGUAAAAUCCUUGUUCAGCAGAAGAAAUGGAACGAAGGGCAAACUGUUCUGAGGGAAAGUGUGAGUAUUUUGAGGCAAUUGUUGCCAUUUCAUCCAUCUACAAUAGCAGCCAUUCUUGAACUUAGCGACUGUUUAAGAAAGAUGAACAAGCAUAAAGAAGCUGCGUACCUUUUGACACAACCAAAUGAAGUCUCUUUGUAUCAAGAAGAUAUUGGCAUGACAAGUCAAGUUGAUGAUUUACAAAAAGAAAUCACUAAGCUUCAACAAAGGAAUGAAGCCAACCAGCAGCUCUUGCUAGUUAAAGAGAAUGUUCUGCAAAGGGUUAUUGUGGAGCGUGAAGAAAUGGAGAAACAGCAUCAACAGCAGUUAGUACAGAUGAGAACUGAAAUAGAUCAAAUGAGUGCAAUGUUAGAAGACCGGAGGAGGCAGCUGCAACAGCAGGGAGAAGAAGUAGAAGAACUAAAGGCUUCACUGGAAGAAGAGAGAAAGCUGAUCAAUCCUUUGAGGCAAAAGGUGCAAGACAAUUACAUAACUAUUCAACGCUUGACGACAAACUUAGAGCGAAGUGAAAGAGCAAGGGAGCAGCUACAACAACUUCAACGCCAAUAUGAUCGUGUUUUACAGAUCAGUGGUGAUGAUUUGAUUAUGACAGGAACAAUCUUGGGAAGAGGAGCAUAUGGAGAAGUUGGUGUUGGCAUGUGGAUGGGUGUAUCAGUUGCUGUCAAAACAUUUUAUGAUUUUCUUCGAGCUGAUGAGUUGAACGCUUCAUUUAUUCAUCGAGAAGUGUCCGUGUCUAGUUGUGUUCAUCACCCUAAUGUCUUAUCUGUUUGUGGAGCUAUCAUUGAGAAUGAAGUUCCUCUUCGUAUUGUCAUGGAGCUGUUAGAAGGUUCACUGAGAGAUGUGAUCAAGGCCUCACGCAGAAGUAGAAGCUAUUUGUGUAUGAGGGAGCAAGUGGAUAUAGCUGUGGGAUGUCUGUGUGGUGUGAUGUAUCUUCAUCAGCUGCAACCUCCUCUUUUGCACGGAGACAUUCGUUCUACUAACAUCUUGGUUAGCAAGACCAUGGAAGCCAAAAUUGGUGACUUGGGUUCGACUCGUUUUGCCAGCGACAAGCUUUCUGUUGGUCCUCUCAGUGUAGAAUACAUUGCACCAGAACGAAUGAUGAAGAGUUCUGAUGGUCAGGAUAGAUCCAACACGACACAAGCCGACGUGUACAGCUUGGGUGUCACAUUGGUUGAGUUGUUCACAGGUGAAGACGCAAAGAGAGUUGUGCGUGACUCUCAGUUUUUGGCUGUUGCUAACAUUCAGCUUCAAGACAUUUGCUAUGCUAUGGCUGCUGAUAAUCCACAUGAUCGUAUUUCGGCUACAGAAACGCUCAGACGCGUGAACGCUUUGAAGCAGAAUGAUGGGUACACAGCAUGUCCUCCCAAAAGGAUGGUGAAAGGCAAAGAAUGCACUGAAGACGAAGUGACUCUUGUCGACAUGCAGUGGAUAUGACUUUGAAUCACUGACUUUUGAUGAGUUUGUUUGACUCUGGUUUGUUUCAGCUUUAUGUAAGUUUACUGAUUUUGGCAGAAAUAUUCAAUAAGAAAAUGAUGCAUGUUUGCAAUGUAUUAUGUGAUAUGAGGUGACAAUUCGUAAUGGUGUUAAUGUAUUUUACAGUUUUCUUUUUGUCUUUCCAUGCUUUUUACUUUUUUGUUGCAUAUACUUAUAUUAGAUACUUGUACGCACUG